AUGAAGGUGUUCAAGUGUUUACUAGUGAUAAGCUGCUUGGCUACCGUGUCAUUCGCUCACAGUGCGUCCGCGGCUCAAUCGAUCAAUUCGAACCAAAUUGACGACAGUAAUGACCCGCAACAGCAGCAGCAAACGCCCCGAUCUGGAUCCUAUCUUGGCGAGAUCAGAUAUUUGUACAAAACCUACAAUGAUUGUGCCAAUUCAGAUGUUUCUACCUGCCUGAAGAUGAAACUGUUCACCAUCCUGGACCGGGUGGCGCGAUCGCUGAAGGAUUUCAAGAUCAGCGAAGGUAUUAAAUUCGUUCGUGACCAGGAAGUACCAAUUGACAGCACCCCCGUUAAAACUGAAGCUCAACUGGAACAGGAGUUACCUCGCUCAAUGGACGAAAAGGAGCGCUCCCUGAACUCGAUGCUGUUUGAUAAAGUACUAUCCUUCUUCCAAACUCAUACCCUGCAAGUCAAAUUCCCAUCCAGCGAGGAGAUCAAACGAUCCAUGGAUGAAGUCCGCGCAGGAGGUGGUGGUCUCGGCGGUGGCGGCUAUGGCGGCGGUCUCGGUAACAAGGACAAGAAAAACGGACACUGGAUCAUGAUCCCACUGCUGCUCGGAAGCACUCUGGUUCCCCUCGCUUUCGGUGCUCUAGCUUUGCUGGCCGGUAAAGCUUUGAUCGUAUCCAAACUUGCACUUGCACUUGCCUCGAUCAUCGGCAUUAAGAAACUCAUCUCCAGUGGAGGCGGCCAUCACGAAUCUGCCCACGAGGUUGUCGUAUCCGGUGGACAUGGUGGCAGUUGGGGCCGUAUCGGCUCCCCUCAGGGCUUAGCGUACAACGGAUACGGACACUACGCCCAGUAA